GCAAGCUAUGCAGCCUUCACUUUUAGUCUGCGGCACUGGUGGACAUAUUUCCUAAGAACAUUACCGGAUAUUGCAGAUCUUGAACCACUCGAGUGCGCGAUUAAUGAGGUUCUUAUACCAGCUGUCACUGUCCAUACAGUCACUAAAGUAGAGCGCGACCUCCUUGGUCUGCCUGUACGCAUGGGAGGCCUUGGAUUUACAGAUCCUGUAGAGACCUCAUCUUCUGAAUACGAGGCUUCAAUAAAAGUUACUAAUCCGCUCGUGAGGCGAAUUGUUGAGCAAGAGCACCAGCCUCCAGAUGCCUCAGAAAGUCGAACACUGCAACUGAGCACACGAAAACAAAAAGACGACUGUCUAAGUGAGAGGCUGGAGCAGGUGAAGAACUCCCUGCCAACAGAAUCGAAGCGAGCUGUUGAGUUAGCUACAGAGAAGAGAUCAUCAAAUUGGCUGACCGUGAUUCCCCUAAAAGAGCUGGAUUACAAUCUGAAUAAGAAGGAAUUUAGAGAUGUAAUCAAGUUACGUUACGACUGGGAAAUAACGGACACGCCCAUGAUCUGCGCAUGCGGUGUUCAAUUUAGCGUGGAUCACGCAAUGGUGUGUCAGGGUGGCGGAUUCAUUAUCCAGCGCCAUAACGAACUGCUCGACUUGGAAGCAGAAAUGCUAAAGAUGGUCUGCAAUGAUGUGGAAGUAGAGCCGGUCCUUCGGGAGGUCACUGGGGAGACAUUAAAUCCUGGCGCUAACAAAAUCGCUGAUGCCCGUUUGGAUAUUCAUGCUCGAGGUUUUGGGGAGAGACAGAGAGAUCUGCAUUCUUCGACGUUCGGGUGUGUCACCCUAAUGCAGACUCUUACAGAGACUUGACUCCUAAGCAAAUCUACAAGAAGCAUGAGAACGAGAAGAAGAGGCAGUAUGCGGAAAGAGUAAUGGAGAUCGAACAGGGAACGUUCACUCCCCUAGUUUUCACGAUUACAGGUGGAAUUGCUGAUGAUUGUGUUAAGUACCACGGCAGACUUGCGGAGCUGAUCGCAAAUAAGAAGGGAGAAAGUUACUUAAUCGCAAUUUCCUGGAUAAGAGCUAAAGUAUCUUUUGCCAUCGUACGCUCUGCAAUACUAUGCUUGAGAGACUCAAGAUCCAGAGGACGACAGCUAGACUUUGUUGACUCAGAUCCACAGAUCGAAAAUAUUAGAGCCUGCCCGAAUUAA